AUGGCCUCCCCUAGCGUUCUCACCUUUGACGCUGAGGGUCGGGCAGUUAACUUUGAGGUCUGGGUAGAUGAUCUGCAGCUUUUCCUACAGUGCGAUAGGGCAGACGGACUCUCCCUGUUUGACCUCACUUCUGGUGCCUAUCCUGCCCCUGCUGCUAAUGCUGAUGCCAGUGUUCGCUCACAGUGGGCCACGCGCAAAGCUGCUGCUCGCCUUGCUGUGCGCCGCCACUUACCGACCACUGAGCGUGCACACUUUAACCAGUACAAGAGUGCUCAGACCUUGGACCACUUCCUCUCAGUUUGCCCCACCACUCUCACCGUUGACCUCCUCGAGAAGGCCCUCCUAGCGAUAGAGAAGAGCGUAGUCGCUAUAGGAGCCUCUCGUGGUGACCCUCGCACCCCCGUCUUUGAGGGGUGUUCUCCCUCCCCCCUCUUGCCCUCUAUUGCCUCUGCUGCUGCGGCCGACCUUGUUGGUUUCGAGUCAGUCGGCGCUGCGUCUGCCCCGAGCGGGAGACGCCGCACCGGCAAGGGCAAGGGGGGCAAGGGCGCUGGAGGGUUUGGAGGGGGCGGUGGAGGUGGUGGUGGAGGCAGUGGAGGGAGUGGGGGUGGUGGUGGGAGUGGUGCCAGGGGUGGCGGCGGCAGCGGCAGCAGUGGAGGCGGCAGAGGCAGUGGAGGUGGCGGAGGGAGCGGAGGCGGCGGAGGUGGCGGAGGAGGCGGAGGUGGAGGAGGCGGCGGAGGCGGCGGCGGCGGAGGCGGCGACGGCGGAGGCGGCGGCGGUGGUGGAGCGGGUCGCGACUCUGCGCAGAGGAGUGGCGCCGGUGGUGUUCAGCGCCAGUAG